GGUUGUUUCUUUAACAGCCUUUGUGUAUGUGUGUGUGUGUGUGUGUGUGUUGAAGUAACUGAGGUUGUGUUGUGCAGCCCCUGGGGUUGUAAGCUGAUUAGCUGACCGCUCCGUCCCAUGUUGCUCCUGAAGGGAGGAGAUUUGCUGCUAAAAUAACCUCUAAGUCUUCUCAGCAACAUGUUUACAGGUCACGUUAGCAGAUGCAUACACUCCACAAACUGAAGCUUCCCUGCAGCUCUCAGCUAAAGUGUGAGAUCUCAGCCAGGAUGCUUAACCGGAUUUGAUGCGUGCGUCUGCAGGAGGGUCGUAUUUGUUUUCAUGCCGACCCUCGGGAUGAUGUGAGUGAAUUGUUGGGCUGUUUCUGGGCACUGCUAGCAUGCCUGUGCAUCAGAUAUCGGUUGUACCCAUUGCCAAGGAGACUGUCAAUGGCUCCAGCCGGAAAAAAAGAGACAAGAGUAAAGACAAUGAGGGCGAAAAAGCACCUGGGAGAUCGGGAAGUCGAUCCAGCAGUAUAUCUAAGGCCAGCAGCUCAACGCAGGGAGCUGUGCUGAACAGCAUCUCUCAGACAUCAGUUACACACUCCUCACAGGACAUAUGCAGCUCUAGUGGUCAAGCUAAACGACAUGGCUCAGAUCAGACCACACCUAUCAUGCCCAUAAACCCCGCCUCUGACCCCGCCCCCACUACUUCCAAGCGCCAAGUUAAACGCCGCGUCCGCCGGCGCAGGGAGAGCACCGGGACAUCUGGCUGCUCCACAGAGUGUGUGGGACAAAACCCGAAACAACCUCGCUCCCAUAAACAAACGCGCACACUCUCCGACUCGUCCUCAGAGGACGAGCAGCGCUGGAGAGAAGCUCGUUCCUGGAGCCGACAGAAAGCCAGACGGAGACGCAGCAGCAGCCGACACAAACAAACCCAAACUCAACGAGACGGCACUGAGCUCAUGUCUGUCAACUCAGAUGAGGCACAGAAGGAGAACCAGCCACCCAAAUGCAAGGGCUCCAAUGGCAAGGCCCACAAAAAGUCAGUGUCAAAAAAAGAGGACAAAAGCCAAGCAACCAAUCCGAGGAAAGCGAGUGAAAGCAGAAGUGAGGAGGGGGAGCCAAUUACAAAGACGUAUGAAGAGGGAGGUCAAGGAGACCCCGAUUUGUCCGUCCCCUCCCCAUACAAAUGCACUGUUUCCAGCAAUCAUAAUGGCGCCAUGCAGCCGCCAUGCACUGAUGAUGAGCUAGAAGUGUGCAGGAUCUGUCAUUGUGAAGGGGACGAGGAGUGUCCUCUCAUCACUCCCUGCCACUGCACUGGAAGUCUACGCUUUGUGCAUCAGGGCUGCCUGCACCAGUGGAUCAAGAGCUCAGACACUCGCUGCUGUGAGCUCUGCAAAUAUGACUUCAUCAUGGAGACACACCUCAAGCCUCUGCGCAAGUGGGAGAAGCUCCACAUGUCCACGAGCGAGCGGCGGAAGAUCUUCUGCUCCGUCAUCUUUCACUUGGCAGCUGUGGUGUGUGUCAUCUGGUCUUUGUACGUCCUGAUUGACCGCACGGCUGAGGAAAUACGCCACAGCAAGAACAAAGCGUUGGUGCGUUUGUCCCCUCUCAAUGCCGUAGGGGUGCUGGACUGGCCGUUCUGGACCAAGCUCAUCGUGGUGGCUGUGGGCUUCACCGGAGGACUCAUCUUCAUGUACAUUCAGUGCAAAGUCUACCUGCAGCUCUGGAGGAGGCUGAAGGCUUUCAACAGGAUCAUCUUCGUACAGAACUGCCCCGAUACCGCCCGCAAUGGAGAAAACAGGCCAUCUCAGGUCACCCAGAGCAACGGCACACACGGGGCAGUGGAGGUUCCUGCACCUCAGACACAAACAAACGCUGGAGGAGUGGAAAUGGCUCCUGUUUGAUCAACGGAUGCUUGGUGCUUUGAACCUCAGUAGCUGGAAAAAGUCUAGAAAAAGGCUUCUUCUGGUGUAUUUGACCAAAGUCGUGUGACUUGCAUAAAAGCACUUUUUUAUUUCCCCUCUAGGUUUAUUAGAGGAUCCAUAACCUUAUAUAAGAUGUUAAUAGGUCAUGGUUAUACGAUAAAGUUUUAGGAUUGACAACCGCAUUAAAAUACAGAAAUCCACUAUGUAGAUUUAGUCAUCAGCAUAAGCCCUGUUCUAAAUAUAGGUCUUCCUCUGAGUCCAGUUGUUUUAAUCAUAUUAUGCUACUUUGACUAUUAGGUCAAAUCUGAUGUGGAGCUUGAAAAAAGUGAACAUUGUGUGUGUGCAACAAGCAAAAGGGGAACUCUCUUUUCUCACACACACUUCUAAAUGCUAAAAUGGCAUCUUGUGGAAACAAGCCUAAGUUAAAGCUUAAGUGUUUGGGACAGGUAAGACAUUUGCUCACUUUAUUUUGAUGGUCCAUUUGUUGAAUCUAAGUUACAUUGCAUCUACAUGCCAACCAAUUCUCAUUAGAUUAUAAGUAGACUGUUAGGUUAUGCCUAGUGUAAGUUGACAUGUACUUGCAAAGUUUCUUAUAGUCGGUUAAAUGUCUGUUGAAGGAGCAGUAUCAAUAGAUAUUAAGCAGAUAGUCUACUAAUACUCAAAUGGACCAUCAAAAUAAAGUGUCACCAAAUAUUCAACCAGACCACUGUGUCACCAUCACCAUCAAAAGGGUUUUAUUUACAUUGCAGCCCAGUAAAACUGUAUUUGACAGCUUGUGAUAGACAGUUAAAUUAAAAAUGGUGCCUGCAUCUCAAUCAGCUACCUAACCUGUCUUUUGUCUCUAGGUAGUUUACACAAAUUCGGAUACGGGUAAGGACACAUUGGGAUACUGAGAAUAUGAAAACUUCCUCAUUGUAAUCUGUGAAAUGACAACAUAACUGAUAUUUUCCACAUAUUAAUUUUAUAACGUACAUUAUGAAUAAAUCAUGUGAUUGUUUCAUUUAAAUCAGGGUAUCUUUCGUGCAUUCCAUAUC